GCGGUGUAGGAAUGAGACAAAACAAAGCCAUGCAGGGUGAGGUGAAGGAUCCAUUCUUCAGUCCUGCCAUUGCUAAGUGUAAUGUUAGAGUCCAAUUGUAGCUUUGCCAUAUCAACUAAAAAUUUCCAUUCAGUUUAAUCUAAACACAAUUAUUGAUAGAUGGUAGAUUUUUUUUUUUAAGUCCACCGUUAUAGUGGGAGUAGAGGAGAUUUAAACUUAGUCUUCAGUUAGAAACAUUAGGUCCCAGUUAAGCCACAUAUUACUUAACAGGACUCUCAAGCGUCCAAGAAGUGAUGGAUGGCUUGAGGCUUACUCAACUGCUAAAGCUCAAGGCAAUUUUUGUGUUACCUCAAUCUGGCUUCAGAUUCUCACUCAAAUUUAGAAUAGGUUCUUUUAUAUUUUCAAUGGAAUGGAAUUUCGGGUUGGUCGGUGAUAGGCUGAUAGCUAGAUCGGUGUACUGUGUUCUCUCUCUUUAUGUUUUCAGUGUAAUAGCAUUUUGUGUUCCUGCUAGUUUGGCUGUGGCAUUGUUGCUAGUUUGGUUGUGGCAUUGUUGGUGCAUUUGUUAUGUUUGACAAAUUUCCUCAGUGAACUGAAUGUUCAAAAAGUGUUCUUGAAUAUGAUUAUAUGUAGUAAAAUAUUGAAAAUAUAUGUUUUGUUCGACAAUUUUCCUUUAAAAAAAUGUUCUAUACAAUAUAUUGAGCCCAUAUGUCGUGUUUAACAAAUUUCCUUUAAAAAUGUGUUCUUGAAUAUGAUAAUACAUAAUAAGACUUUUUUUUUUUUUUUUUGGGAUAAGACGAUAAAACAUUGAGCCACAUAUGUUUUGUUUGCUUUAAAAAGUGUUCUUGGACAUGAUUAUACAUAAUAAGACAUUGCCCCAUAUGUAUUGUUUGACCAAUUUCCUUUAAAAAAAGUGUUCGUGAAUAUGACUAAAUUUAGUAAAGCAUUGAGCCCACGAUCAGAAAACUGUAGUUACCAAUGCAUUCAUCUCCACAGUUGGUUUAUGAAAGAGAGAGGAAGAGUGGGAGACGUGGGUGCUUUUUCUUCUUUAGUUUCUCUGCACACAACAUGUGAAGGAUCUCAUUUUUGUUUUCACUAGCUCUUGCUUUUUGGUUUUUAGUCAAUGUCAUAUAGAUUGCAUGUCUUUGUUGUUUUCUCCAAUUUGAAACGAUAACAAGAGCUUUCAGGAUUGCAGGGAUAAGAUUCCUGUGCAAAGACAUCUUUACUUCAAAUCCUUUCUGGGAAUUGUUGCAUUUCAAGUGGGGUUUUAUGAAAGCUCACUUUUUCUUUUUCUUUUUUCCUUUUUUUGCAUGAGAUAUUUUUCGGGCUGUUGGCAGGUGUGCAUGCAUUAUAUAGUUACAAUGGUAAAUUGGGAAAGGUGCAAGAGUGAGAGAUAUGGGAGGGGAGGCAGAAGAUCAACAGUCACCCUUACUAAGAAGCUGUUCUUCACCAGAGGGGCCUCUAGAAAGAACAGAUGAAAGUGGAUCGUUGUCUGGAGGUUUGCAAGGGAGUAGUAUUCUGACGUUUUUGUACGUUGUGUAUAUGAGCAUAAAGACUGUAGUUUUCUCAAACAAACUCAACUCGCUGAUUGUUUUUGGGCCAGCAGCAAUUCUUGUUCAGAAAUUGACUGAUAAAUCUGCUUGGGUCUUCUUUCUAAGCUUAGUGGGCAUAACACCUUUGGCUAAGCGUUUAGGUUAUGCUACAGAGCAGCUUGCUUUUUAUACUGGACCUACAGUUGGAGGCCUUUUGAAUGCUACUUUUGGGAAUGCAAUAGAAUUAAUAAUUUCAAUCCUUGCAAUGAAAAGUGGAAUGAUACGUGUUGUUCAGCUAUCAUUAUUGGGUUCAAUUCUGUCAAACUUGUUGCUGGUACUUGGAUGUGCGUUCUUUUAUGGUGGGUUUGUUCUUCACAAGGAACAGCUGUUUAAUAAGACAACUGCUGUUGUAAACUCCGGAUUGCUGUUUAUGGCAGUCAUGGGCCUGCUUUUUCCAACUGUUCUUCAUUAUACACACACUAAGGUUUAUUUUGGGAAGUCAGAGUUGGCUCUUUCAAGAUUUAGCACCUGCAUUAUGCUUGUGACAUAUGCUGCAUACCUUUUUUUCCAGCUAAAGAAUCAAAGAAAUCUCAAUGUUCCUCUUAAUGAGAGAGCAUCUAUUGCAUUGAAUAUGCCAGUUUCAUUUAUUAGUGUUAUUUUGCUUCCACUUGUGGGGAAUGCUGUAGAUCAUGCAAGUGCUAUUACAUUUGCCAUGAAAGACAAGCUUGACAUUACAUUAGGAGUCUCAAUAGGAUCAUCAACGCAAAUGGCUUUGUUUGUGAUUCCUUUUUCUGUAGUCCUCGGUUGGAUUAUGGGGCAACCUAUGGAUUUAAACUGUCAGCUUUUCGAGACAGCAACACUUUUUAUAUCCGUCUUUGUAGUAGCCUUAAUGUUGCAGGAAGGAACUCAUUAUUUUAAGGGACUAAUGCUUCCUCUUUGCUAUCUGAUAGUCGCAGCAAGUUUUUUUGUACAUGUUGAUGUUUCUCCAGGAGUUCAGCUUAAAUUUCACUUAGUCUAGCAUGUGACUUGGAUUCCUGAUGUAUCAUAGAUGCCAGAUGCUUUAUGACAUUGUUGAAACCUUGUAUUUUGAUGGUUCCAAUUGAAGGCGCUGUUUUGAGUACAAUAAUAUAUGGGAUAAAUACCCACAGUUGUAGUACUUAGCUAUACUCUACAUCAAUAUUAAUCCCCCCUUAUGUGAAAUAGCCUUAUUUAAUUACAUGGCUAUAACAAUGGGUGCUAUAUUCAUAUUUAAAAUUUCAUUACCAUUCAUGUUGUAAAUAA